GCCUCGCCUCUGCCAAGGCCCUGCUCCUGGCCCCCAGCGCCAAGACGUGGAGGCGGCCACCGCUUCUCCUGCCAGGCUGCGGGACACUGGCUGCUUGUGUUCGAGAGCGUGGAGGUCAAGGUAAACAUGGCACUUUGAUGCCUCUCGCCCGCCGGCCCGAGCGCAGCAGCUCAGCCCUCUGCUUCCCGCCCGGCCGGCCGCCCGCAGCGCUCGCUCCCAGCCAGGAUGGCCGCCUGUCUGGCCCUGCGCAUGGCGCUGCUGCUCCUCUCCGGGGUCCUGGCCCCCGUGGUGCGCACAGCUGAGGGUCCACAGGAGCCCGACCCCACCCUGUGGAACGAGCCUGCCGAGCUGCCGUCGGGAGAAGGCCCCGCGGAGAGCACCAGCACCGGCCAGGAGCCCGCGGCCACGGGCCCUCCGUUGCCCACCGCCGCGCCGGGCCCCGAGGACAGCACGGCUGGGGAGCGGCUGGACCAGGGCGGCGGCUCGCUGGGGCCCGGCGCCAUCGCCGCCAUCGUGAUCGCCGCCCUGCUGGCCACCUGCGUGGUGCUGGCGCUCGUGGUCGUGGCGCUGAGAAAGUUUUCCGCCUCCUGAAGCCAAUAAAGGGGCCGCGCCGGCCGCGGCGCGACUCGCA